AUGUCUUCCUCGUCUGGAACUCCGGAGUCCUGGAUCUCCUCUUUCUGCUCCUUGCUCGGGCAUGAAUAUUUUGCCGAGAUCUCGGAGGAUUUCAUAGAAGAUGAUUUCAAUUUGACGGGCCUGCAGAGCCAGGUAGCUAUGUAUAAGGAGGCACUUGAGAUGAUCUUGGAUGUUGAACCAGAAGAUGAUGACGACGAAGACGAAGACGAAGAGGAAGACGAAGGUGAUGAAUCCAUCGAGGGUCAAGAACGCUUAAUCCGCAACAGAGCAGCCACGGAGCGAAGACAUCACCGCAUGGCGUCUGAUCUGUCAAUCAUAGAAUCUUCUGCCGAGAUGCUCUAUGGCCUCAUUCACCAACGCUUCAUCUGCUCUCGUGCCGGUAUCCAGCAAAUGUCCGAGAAGUACGAACUAGCUCAUUUCGGUGUCUGUCCGCGAACUUUCUGUGAUCAGGUCCGCACAUUACCAGUCGGAUUAUCCGAUGUCCCAGGCGAAGACACCGUCAAGUUGUUCUGUCCGUCUUGUCUGGAUGUCUACGUUCCUCCCAACUCCCGUUUCCAAACCGUUGAUGGUGCUUUCUUCGGCCGAACGUUUGGUGCCCUCUUCCUUCUCACCUUCCCUGACUAUGAUAUCAGCAAGAAGGGCGUUGAGACCCUGGCUGGUGCCCACGGUCCUCGGUCUCUACCCCCUCACCUGCAAGAUGGGGAGGAGAAGGAGAAGAUCAACGGCAUGAAUGCGCACAACUUAGCUCCCGGUCUUGGCAAAGGAAAGGUCUAUGAACCCAAGAUCUACGGCUUCAAAGUCUCCGAGCGGGCGAGAAGCGGGCCGAGGAUGUCAUGGUUAAGACAGCGGCCUGACAACAUCCAGGACUUGGAUGAAGCUGCCAUCUAUGCUGCCGAGCACGGCGAGGAUAGUGAUGAAGAUUCCGGACCCAACGGCGCUCCCACCCGACGCAGACAAGCCACCCCCUCUCGAUCACGCGUCAGCGGCGGCAGCCCCAUGUCUGUAGAUGCGAAUGGCAACGGCAAUACGUAUGCCUGA